AUGAUAGGGAGAACGUCGGCAUUGCGGCUGUUCUCGAUCUGGAAUCGCCUGGCACGCGCUCUGGCAGCUGCAUUGUGUCCCCUACGGACCUCGGCAGCACUUUUCGCUGCCUCAUCAUCAAAAAUGGCCAACCCAACUUUCUCCACCGCAUCUAUCCGGUUCUAUUCUCGAUCAGGAUCUAGCAACGAACCUGUGGGCGAGAAUCUGGCAUCUUCACGCAAUGGCACAGGCCCAGAAAGUCUGCCUAGCGGUCCGCGAACUCUCAAAUCAGACAUCAUACGUCUCUUGCGGUUGGCAAAACCCGAAUACGGCAAUAUGGCAGGUGCUCUUUUAUGCCUAAUAGGAACAUCCACUGUGACCAUGUCAUUGCCGUUUUUCAUCGGAAAAAUCAUUGACACCACUCGAGAAGAGGAAGAUGAAGACAAAAAUGCCCAGAAGGACAAACCUCAAAUCAUCAUGGGUUUUCCUGCUGCUCAGUUCUAUGGUGGCCUUACUCUCAUAUUCGUCUUGGGUAGUUCUGCAAAUUUUGGACGGAUAUAUCUUUUGCGUACCGUAGGCGAGAAGUUGGUAGCACGCUUGAGAUCACGUCUUUUUGCAAAGAUCCUCAGUCAAGACCUGUACUUCUUCGAUGUUGGACCUACACUCAAGGGAAUGAAGACUGGUGACUUGAUCUCGAGGCUAUCGAGCGAUACCCAAAUCAUCAGUAAGUCUUUGAGUGGAAACAUCAGUGAUGGAGCACGAGCUCUUAUUUCCGGCUGUGUAGGUCUUCUGAUGAUGUGUUGGGUGUCGUGGAAAUUGACACUUUGCAUGAGUCUUAUAUUUCCUCCGCUCAUCCUUAUGUCAACGGUGUACGGACGUAGGAUCAAGAAGCUCUCUCGAACUAUUCAGGAUAGCUUGGGUGCAAUGACUAAGGUUCUGGAGGAGAAAUUCAAUGGCCUUAAAACCAUUCAAAGCUUUGCCCAGCAGAGAGCAGUGGUGCAUGAGUACAACUAUGAAGUGAAGGACAUCUUCUCGAAGUCCAUGCUUGAAGGAAAGUUAAGUGGCUUCUACUACAGUAUCAAUGGCUUUUUGGGCAACAUUACCCUCAUUGGGCUCUUAAUCGUGGGGUCAAGGCUCAUUACUAGUGGAGAAAUCACUAUUGGAGAUCUCUCCAGUUUCAUGAUGUACGCUGUAUACACGGGAAGCUCGGUGUUCGGUCUCGGUAACUUCUAUACCGAGUUGAUGAAAGGAAUCGGUGCAGCCGAGCGUAUCUUCGAGUUGAUUGAUCUGAAACCCAGCAUCACCACUUCUCUCGGUAAGAAGGUGAACGAUUUGCAUGGAGACGUGGAGUUCAACAACGUGACAUUCACGUACCCAUCCCGUCCCGACACCCCCAUUUUCAGCGAUCUCAAGCUCACCAUCAAAAAGGGCGAGCAUGUUUGCCUUGUCGGACCCAGUGGAUCUGGAAAGUCGACGGUGUCGCAACUUCUUCUUCGAUUCUACGAUCCCAACUCCGGCAGUGUAACUGUCAACCAUCACAACAUCAAAGAUCUCAAUCUCAACUUCUAUAGAUCCAAAAUUGGAUACGUUCAGCAAGAGCCGCUUCUCUUCAGCGGAACUAUCCGUGACAACAUUACAUUUGGCAAGCCUGACAGCACCCAAGAAGAUAUCGACUAUGCAACCCGCAUCAGCAACUCACAAGGCUUUAUUUCGGCAUUCCCCAACCAACUUGACACUGUCAUCGGGCCCACGUCCAGUGGUAGUGCUCAGUUGAGUGGUGGCCAGAGACAAAGAAUCUCGUUGGCACGGACACUUAUCAAAAGACCACAAUUGCUUAUCCUCGACGAGGCCACAUCAGCAUUAGACUCGAGACUGGAAGAGACUGUAACACGUAAUUUGACUGAGCUCUCCCGGGUCAGUCAGAUCACAAUCAUCUCUAUUGCACAUCGACUCUCCACAAUUAAAAAUAGUGAGCGGAUCAUUGUUUUCAACACCCACGGCAAAAUCGUGGAGGAUGGCCAAUUUACAAGUCUCUAUGCGGACCCAGGAAGCAAGUUGAACAAGCUAUUGAAGAGCGAUGAGUUUGCCGAGGCGUUAUAG